AUGGCGUCGAGAGUUCGCCUCAGCUGCCCCAACCCCGAUGCCACGGAUCCAGAGCGGCCGCCGCCGGCCCUAACCAGCGACCUCCUCGAGGAGAUCUUCCUCCGCGUCGCCUCCCCUGCGGACCUCGCCCGCGCCUCCACCGCUUGCGUCUCCUUCAGCGGCCUCAUCGCUGACCACGCCUUCCUCCGCCGGUACCGCUCCAUUCACUCGCCCUUCCUCCUCGGCUUCGUUACAUCCUAUGGUUUUCUUCCUGCCGAGGCGCCCCAUCCCUCCGCCGCCGUCGCCCGGGCUAUCGCGUUUUCCUUCGACUAUCUCCCUCGCACCACCAAAUGGGACCGCUGGAUUCCGCGCGAUGCCCGCGACGGCCGCGUCCUCCUCGAGCGCAUUCGCGACGUCCUGGUGUGCGACCCGCUGUCCCGGCGAUACCUGCUGCUGCCUCCCAUAACCGACGACCUACUCGCCUCCAUCGGGAUCCAAAACAAUGAUCUCAUUUUCCAUUCGAGGGCCUCCUUCAUCCGUUCAGGAGGCACAGAGGAGGAUACAUCAUUCAGUGUGAUCAGCUGGAUGCAAUCCAGCUCAAGGUUGGCGUUUUUUAUCUUCUCUUCGGGCUGUGGCUGCUGGAGUGUCAGUACGUCUGUCAGUUGGGGCGAUCUAGGCUUGGAUGAAAUUGAUCAGUUCAUUUCAGAACAAUGUACGUAUGACUGCUUCUAUUGGAAAUUAAACAACAUGAGCACAGUGGUCAAGCUCGACAUGAAUAGUAUGCGGUUUUGCACUAUUGGCCUCCCGCCUGGCCAUGAUAGGCGGCAAAUCGUCAUUGUGGAGUCAGGGGAAAGUAGGGUUGCAAUGUUUAGUAUAAUUUAUGGAGGCACAUCUGUGGAAUGUGGAUUAUUACACCUUUUCGCAAAAUGGCAGUGA